AUGCCGCUCACACGAUUGUACCCUCUCUACUUUGAGAUCAAGAGCGGUAGCACCUCCAAUAUCAUCAAGACUGCAAUAGUCGUCCUCGCACGAAGUGGCUCGGUGGAUGAGUAUGGCAUCAUGUACGGAGCCGACCAUGAUGCCAUGGGAUCGGGCAUUCUGUUCUCGUAUCCGGAACUGGCUACCCUUGCUGGUCUCCAGGGCGUCAUUGUAUACGCCAUCUCGUCGGCUUGUCCGCUGCUCAUCUUCGCCGCGCUGGCUCCCAUCAUCCGAAGGAAGUGCCCGGAGGGGUUCGUCCUCACCGAGUGGGCGAGGCAGCGCUACGGCAUUAUCACGGCGCUGUACUUGGGUGCCUUGACGCUGCUCACUCUAUUUCUGUACAUGGUCGCCGAGCUGUCGGCCAUAGGCCAGGUCGUGACGGUAUUGACGGGACUAGAUGGACUACCCGUCGUGAUCGUGGAAUGCGUUGUGACUACCGUCUACACCUCUCUCGGAGGCUUUAAAAUCUCCUUUAUCACCGAUAAUAUCCAAGGCGCCAUGAUCUGCGCCCUCAUCAUCAUCGCCACCAUCACCAUUGGUGCACGUACCGACAUUAAACCAGAUCUCGUCGAUAAUUCCGGGCUCCUUGACUCGAGCCUUGUCGGCUGGCAGCUGAUCUACAUCCUUCCGGUGGCGAUUUUGACCAACGAUUUCUUCCUCGCCAACUACUGGCUGCGUGCCUUCGCAUCGCGGACCGACCGCGACCUAUGGAUCGGCGUCUCGGUCGCCAUGGUCGUCAUCCUGAUCGUGCUGACGCUGGUGGGCUGCACGGGUCUAAUUGCCGUGUGGUCGGGGGCAUGGCCGGGCGACCCGCCAACCGAGGACGGCUCCGUCGCCUUCUUCCUGCUGCUGGAGAAGCUGCCCAGCUGGGUCGUCGGCAUUGUGCUCCUCAUGUCAGUCUGCCUCAGCACGGCUGCCUUUGACAGCCUGCAGUCGGCCAUGGUGUCCUCGGCCUCCAACGACGUGUUCCGUAACCGGCUGAACAUCUGGUGGAUCCGAGGGGCGGUCGUGCUCAUCAUCGUCCCUACGGUUGUCCUCGCCGUCAAGGCCCCCAGCAUCCUCCAGAUCUACCUUAUCUCGGACCUGCUGUCGGCCGCCACAAUCCCAGUUCUCAUGGUGGGACUUUCCGAACGCUUCUACUGGUGGCGUGGCUUCGAGGUCCUGGUCGGCGGCCUCGGCGGUAUCCUGUCCGUCUUCAUCUUCGGCACCAUCUACUACGAAAGCGCCCAGCUCGGAGCGGAGCUAAUCCUACUGGAGCAAGGCUUGUACACGGGCGACUGGGGCGCGUUUGGCGCAUUCGUCGUGGCGCCCAUCGGAGGUCUGAUCUUCGGUCUCAUUGCGCUAGCUGUGAGAUUGACGUUCCAAUAUGUCGAAUCGCACGUGCGUGGGACUCGUUUCGAUGCUUUCGAACACCCUGCUAGGGUCUCGCAGGAGGAGCAGGAUGCCUUGAGCCAAGAGGCUGAGAUCCAUCACGAGGUCGCCACGUCCAAGGUUGUGGGCAAGUUCUUCUAG